GGCUUAGAAACCCUUGAGCUCUCCUGUGCUUCAAUAGUUUUUGGAUUUGAAAGUCUCUCCCGGGUCUUUUAGUUGUGUCGGAGAGAUUCGGAAUUCGGUGCGAUCUGAGCUCGUCGCGCAUCUGUUAAUAUUUUCCUUGCAGUAAGUUUUUUUGAUCUUCUAGGUUUUAGGAUUUGAAAGACUCUUCUGAAUAAAUUCUAGUAUUGGGGAAAAUUCAACUUUUGGGGGAUUAGAUCAGAGCAAUGAAUCCAUUGACAUUGGUGAAACGUAUUCAGAGUCAUAACGCCAAAGAAGCAGCUCUAGGUAUCUCCGAAGAAGCAUCAUGGCACGCCAAAUACAAAGACUCGGCUUACGUGUUCGUCGGCGGCAUCCCGUUCGAGCUCACAGAAGGCGACCUUCUGGCAGUAUUCGCACAAUACGGGGAGAUCGUUGAUGUUAAUCUUGUUAGAGAUAAAGGCACGGGAAAAUCAAAAGGAUUUGCUUUUGUUGCAUAUGAGGAUCAAAGGAGUACUAAUCUUGCCGUGGACAAUUUGAAUGGUGCUCAAAUCCUUGGCCGAAUUAUAAGGGUUGAUCAUGCUGGAAAUUAUAAAAAGAAAGAAGAAGAAGAUGAAGAGACAGUGCAGCAGAAGAGGGAGGCACGAGGUGUUUGCCGUGCUUUCCAAAGAGGUGACUGCAACCGUGGAGCUGGGUGCAAAUUUUCUCAUGAUGAACAAAGAGCUGCAAACACAGGUUGGGGUGCCGAGGAUAAUAAAAACCCAAGAUGGGGUCAUGAAAAGUUUGAGGGUUCUAUGAGAAAUGAAAAACGAUCUGGCCAGUCCAAUCGCGUUGCUGAGUCUGCUACUCAGGAAGGGCUUAGAUUGGGUGAUAAAGAUGCAAGAAGUUACAGAGCAAGGGGCUUUGAAGCGAGCAUGGAACGCCAUUCACAGUCAAGAGAUCGAGACAGCAUAGGCCUGGAGAAACGAUCAGAGCAAAAGGAGAGAGGAACAAUCGACAAGGAAGACAAGGAUAUGCGAGCAACUGAGAAAAGAUCAAGAAGGCAUGAUUUUGAAUUAAAUUCUAGAGAAGAUCGUGAUAGGAAGGAGCAAAAGGGAUCAAGAAUGCAUGACUCAGAAUCAUAUCACAGAGAAGACCGAGAUAAAAAGAUAGGAGACAAGAGGUCAGCUCAUGAUAGAGAUUCUUCAUCCCAUCGUCGUAGAGGGGUUGAUGAAGAUCGCCGGCAUAGAUCACACAGAUAAGAAAUCUUUUUUGUUUUUGGAAACAGAAGCUCUAGAUUUUAGAAAGCACUGAUGAAAUUGCAACUGGAUCAAUCUCAUUGUGCUAUACAUUUGUCAUCCCUUUCGCAGUGGCUACUGAUUAAGUGCUAAAGUUUGUGAGCUUGACCUUGUAAGUCUCCAUCACUACAAGAAAACUUUCCAUACAUAUAAGGUCCAUUUCGUGUGUUUUACAUUGGUUGAACUUCUAGGUCCAUCAUGCUCUUCGUAUAAUUGCUCUUUGUAUGAUUGGUUUGGAUUACCUAUCAAUUUGAUAAACGUGAUCACGUGAAUUCCUUCCCCAACCCAACACCCUCCAAAAAAAACUUU